AUGUGUUGCAGUGGUUUAGGUCUGUGGGCCAAGAAAGAUAGAGAUGAUUUUGAAGAAUACGCCAUGGACAAGCUAGAGGCAAUGCUGUCUGAGAAUGUCACAAAGCUGUCGAAGGCUGAGCCCAUGGAAGCAGAGGAAUCAUCGAAACUUGCACGGCUGAUAUAUAAUUCAAUGACAACAAGCGGAAGAGUGUACCACUCUAUGAUGCACGUCUUUGACAUUUCACAAACAAUGAACGACCCUAUACUCAUCCUGUCAGCCUUGUUUCAUGACGUGAUUUAUUAUCAGAUAGACAAGACAUUUGAUGAAGCGCAAAUAGAGACCCUGGAAGGUCUAUUGGUGCCUGAUUCUGAACCGCUGAAAUUGAAGCCAAGCUUCGACGAGUCUCUCAUAAAUUCUAUCAUCGAGCUGUACGGCUUGGAGCCUGGGUCAGAGUUGCCGAAAAGCGGUACCAAUGAAUUCUUGUCGGCAAUUAUUGGAGUAAGGCUAUUGCAGAAAUGGCUCUCACCAGAGCAUUUGAUACAAAUUGCGACAUGUAUAGAGGCAACAAUUCCAUUCAGACCAGUGAUUGAUGGUAAAACACCAAUGGAUCGCCUAUAUGACCGGUUAGCAGCUGUUGCUAAUGAAAAAUCAGAGAGCUGGCUAGUCGAGACUGUUAGAAUGGCAGCAGCUACGGCGAAUUGUGACCUCUGCUCAUUUGAUAGCAACGAUCGUGACUUCUUCUUGGAUAGUUCAUGGAAGCUAAUCCCUGAAGGACGGCCAAUCCUGUUGCAAGAAGAUUGUCCUCUGAUGGAAUUCCUUUUGGAAUGUCAUGCUCUAAUGGGACGAAGCUCCUUUCUGCAGGGAGCAGUUCCAAAAAUUUUUCAGAGCUUUCGUCAAGUUCCGUCUGAUUCAGAAAUGGAGGACAAACAACGGAAGACUCGCGAUAACUUGAGUCUAGUAAUUGUGUACGGCGAAGUCAGACUGUUGCAAAUGAUGUGUUUGGUUGCUUUUGCCAAAGCAGUUGGAGAAGAUCCACUAUCCGUACCCUUGCGGCCAUACCUAGGGUUGGAAGUACUAGAACCUACUAAGGCGAACCCAACACUGACAAGCGCUGAGCGCCAAAUCAGGCACUGGCUUAUCAGUGGAAGAAGAGCUGGCUUUGACUGGGAUCCAGCUUCAUCAUCGCUUGGGCGUUAUCUGUUCGAUACCCUAGGGACAAAGGGUAUUAGCGAAUUGGUUGAAGUAGGAAAGAGCCACGAAAAGGGAAGCAAAGAAAUACUGAAUCACCUCCCAAAGACAAUGGUCGAGGCGAUAGGUAGCAACCUUGCAAAGCACUUUCCAGAAAAGGAAGAGAGUUAUCUUCAGGUAUCAAAGAAGUUUGGGGUAAGCACCUGA